AUGGCGCUCUACGAGCUCUUCUCUCAGCCGGUGGAGCGCGGCUACCGCGCGGGGCUCUGCUCCAAGGCCGCGCUGUUCCUGCUGCUGGCCGCCGCGCUCACCUACGUCCCGCCGCUGCUGGUGGCCUUCCGGAGCCACGGGUUCUGGCUGAAGCGGAGCAGCUACGAGGAGCAGCCGACGGUGCGCUUCCAGCACCAGGUCCUGCUCCUGGCCCUGCUAGGGCCGGAGCGCGGCGGCUUCCUCGCCUGGAGCACGUUCCCCGCCUUCAACCGGCUGCAGGGGGACCACCUGCGCGUCCCGCUCGUCUCGACCAGAGAAGAAGACAGGAACCAGGACGGGAAAAUGGACAUGUUACAUUUUAAACUGGAGCUUCCCCUGCAGCCCACGGAACAUGUUCUUGGUGUGCAACUCAUCCUGACUUUCUCCUACCAAUUGCAUAGGAUGUCGACAUUCGUGAUGCAGAGCAUGGCAUUUCUUCAGUCCUCCUUUGCUAUCCCGGGGUCCCAGUUAUAUGUGAAUGGAGACCUGAGGCUGCAGCAGAGGCAGCCCCUCAGCUAUGAUGGCCUAGACGUUCGAUACAACGUCGCCAGGAUGUUCAUUUCAUCCCACCUCUGGGAUUUUUUACUCAGCACGUCACUGCUCUUUUGCUGGUUCUGCAUCGCCGAGGGCACCAGGGAGCAAGCGAGAGAGCUCUUGUUCUUCAGGAUCCCCUUCACGGGCUGCUGCGAGGCCGAGGUCGUCAUGGCCUGCUGCGAGGUUGCCAUGGCCAGCCGCGAUGGUGGGCGUCAGGGUCGCUGGUUCGUGCGCUGGGUCCAGGAAGGAAAGGGCUAG